UUCUCGGUCUUCGCCCGCCCCUCGACCGUGCCGCACGGCGCCGGCUACGAGCUGCUGAUCCAGAAGUUCCUGAGCCUCUACGGGGACCAGCUGGACAUGCACCGCAAGUUCGUGGUGCAGCUCUUCGCCGAGGAGUGGAGCCAGUACAUCGACCUGCCCAAGGGCUUCCUGGUCAGCGAGCGCUGCAAGGUGCGCCUGGUGCCGCUGCAGAUACAGAUAACCACGCUGGGUAACUUGACACCUUCAAGCACUGUAUUCUUUUGUUGCGAUAUGCAAGAAAGAUUCAGACCUGCUAUCAAAUAUUUUGGUGAUAUCAUCAGUGUAGGACAACGAUUGCUCCAAGGUGCACGGAUUUUAGGAAUUCCGGUCAUUGUGACAGAACAAUAUCCCAAAGGCCUUGGAAGCACUGUGCAAGAAAUUGAUUUAACGGGAGUUAAACUUGUGCUUCCAAAAACAAAAUUUUCUAUGGUAUUGCCAGAAGUAGAAGCUGCAUUAGCAGACAUUCCUGGAGUCCGCAGUGUUGUCUUGUUUGGAGUAGAAACUCAUGUGUGCAUCCAGCAAACAGCAUUGGAAUUGGUUGGCAGAGGUGUGGAAGUUCACAUUGUAGCUGAUGCCACCUCAUCAAGAAGUAUGAUGGACAGAAUGUUUGCUCUUGAGCGUCUUGCUCGCACUGGAAUAAUAGUUACCACUAGUGAGGCCAUCUUGCUGCAGCUGGUAGCUGAUAAAGACCAUCCAAAAUUCAAAGAAAUUCAAAACAUCAUUAAGGCAAGUGCGCCAGAGUCAGGGCUCCUCUCCAAAGUAUAAAGAGGGCUUUCUGAAAGAGCAAUAUAUUGUCAUCUUUAAGGAAGAACUAAAGCUGUAAGCAGACACAUGCACACACAUUCACACAAACUUUAGUAGAAAUAUAAACCUAAAAAUUGGCAUAUUUGUGCUUGCCUUAGAAAAAUUUGUCUAGGUGCCAGUGUGCUCUGUUCAAUCACAGCUGUCAGACAUUGAAUACCAUAAGAUGCUUUUAUUGUCAGAUGCUUUAUUAUUUAUUUAAAAAAAAAAGUAACAGAGGUGCCUAUUUGUACUGUACCCACUGAUUGUUUCACAUCUUGAAAAAGUGCACAUUUCUGUGAAAUCUCUAUUGAUUGCUCACUUUGUAAAAGUGUUCUGUGAUAUUCUGCUUCACUUUUGUAUUGAUGGAGGUAAAAGUGAUGUGGUAAUAUGAUUUAACUUUGUGCAUAAAUUAAACUAUUUUAAUAGAAAAGUAUUUCAAUAGCAUAAAAUAGAUGGACUACAUGUUUACAUUCUGUCUUUUAGAAUAAAAACUAAAUGCUUUACUUAUUCAGUAGACAAACCAUGUAGCUCAAGCAACAAUCUAGGUUUAAUUAUUUUGGGUAGCUGAAGUGGACUACAUUGAUUCUUGAUUAUUCCAGACUUUUGGCUCUUUAAUCCUGUUUUAAUGUUCCGUAUUUCAACUAAAAGUUCCAGGGGGAAGCAGUCUUUGAGUUACAGCCGCUUUCAAAAUUAUAAAGAAUCUGUCAAUUUGUUAAUGAAAUGAUAUAAGUAGUGUACAGUAAAUCACAGAUGGGAGACUACUAGCAUUUAAAAUUGAAAAAAUCUAAACUUUUCAGUUUCAUUUACUGAAGGCUAAUUAUUUCUAGAAACAUCCUUGGAUUUUUUUAAUCCUUGUGUGACUAGAUUUAAUAAAUCCAUCUGGUUUCUGCUUUAAGCCAAGCAAACCCUGAAAAAAUAAUUAACGUUUCAGGUCUGUUGCAGACUUCUGAACUACUGAUGUUUAAAUUUGAUUGGAAUCUAGUCUAAAAGUGUAAUUUAAAAGUAGCAUCUACUUUGUUGCUUUUGUAGCUGAAAUUAAACUUUAACAUGAUUGUUCCUCUUGAAGGCACCUUCUUCAUGUUCAAAUGGAUUAAGAUUGUUAUAACAUGUUUACAACAAGAAUGUAACUUUGAAAAGCUUUUUUCUUAUUUUUUUAAGUAGAUUAAACAAAAUAUUGAACAAUGAUAUUUUGGGAAUAAAACUAAUUACAGUAAAUGUAUUAUUGAAAUGAUUUAUUUUCCCCCAUAAGAUGGCUCUAAAAGAAUUGUGUAACCUUUAUAUGUUUAAAGCAAAUAAAAUGU